GCGUGGUAAAUCUCGGAAGCAUAGGGCGGAGCUUCACGGCAGCGUUUAGCUGGCACGAAAGUUUGCUUUGUGUUCAGCUUUCAUGACUCCAAAAUGGGAGCUGGUAUCUCUACCUCGAUGGGAGAUGACGGCAUACUGGAUUCUCUCCUUCUUCUCCCAUCUCUAUUCUUUCUACCAGUUGCACAGGUUUUCUAAAGAGCAUGAGGUCAGCCUGGACAGAGAGGUGCAGCUGGAGAGAGGAUUCCUUAUAUGGGGAUUCAAGAAGGACCCUACUGAUUUUGAGUGGAGUUUUUGGAAUGAGUGGGCGUGGCAAUCUCUUUUGUGGUCUCUGAUUGGCCAUGCUGUGGUGUCCAGAUUAGCGGCUUAUUUUCUGCCUCAGUUCCGACUGGCAGUCUUAACGGUGUAUGGCGUCCUCUCAGCUGGUUGGCUUCUGGGAGUGCGGGGCUUGACUCUUUUGAUGCUGCAUCUGAGCAUCACACUGGUGGUUGCUCAGCUACGUAGCUCCAUCCUCUCAUGGGUUUGCUCCCUCCUGCUGCUCUCCACGCUCAAUGUCACUGCCUUUCAGGAUUUUCAGCGUGGUUGGUACACUUCUGAGGACCAGUACUACCUCUUGCUCUUCAGUACUGCUGUUUGUAGUUUGCACUGCAUUAGCUUUAGUCUGGAGCUGUGCUGGCGCCCCCUGCAGGCUGGAGGACCAAACCACUGCCACCCUAUAGAGGUUAAACGACUGAAGACACUCAUUUUACAGUUCUACAAGCUCACUGCCUACUGUUUCUAUCACCCUCUGUUUUACAACGGACCCAUUGUGACCUUCAGAGACUUCAGUGAACAGAUAGACAGGCCAGUGUGUAAAGUCUCUGUGGUGUAUGUGUUGAGUGGAAUACUGCGUGUGUGUGUCUGGUGGUGUUUAGCCGAAUUCAUGAUCCACUUCAUGUACAUGCACGCCAUCCAGAGCAACGAAACCUACUUGGAGAUGCUGCCACCCUGGGCGCUGGGUGGUUUGGCUCUUGCAUUGGUCCAGUUUUUUUAUGUAAAGUAUCUGGUCUUGUUUGGAGUGGUGUCUCUGCUUGUCAGAUUGGAUGGGCUUGAGCCGCCCAAGUUACCACGCUGUGUCAGCAUCAUGUACAGCUUCACUGGGAUGUGGAGACACUUUGACGUGGGGCUUUACAAAUGGCUCAUCAGGUACAUAUAUGUGCCAUUGGGUGGCUCUCGUCAUGGUGUGUUCCGGAAGCUCGUCUCCACGGCGCUUGCAUUUGGGUUUGUGUGUUUCUGGCAUGGUUGCCAUGACUACCUUCAGUAUUGGGCCUUGCUGAACUGGAUUGGAGUGUUGGUGGAGAACGUUCUCGCACUCCUCUUCUCCUCUCGUCCUCUUCAUCACGUUAUUGUGCGGUGUCUGUCACCUCGGAUGAAGAGGCGUGGCCUAGCACUUAUCUCUGCCCUCUCCACUGCUUUUCUGAUUCUGUCCAAUCUGCUUUUUCUGGGCGGGAUCCAUGUGGGUAGAAUCUUCUGGAAGAGGCUGUUUAUCCAAGGUAGUGGAGAAGCAGGUGAUACUGACCUCAGCACAUCUCCUGUGGACCUGAUAAUGACCUCUCUAACCUGAGAACAUCACACAGCAUGCUAACAUGUCCAUUAACCGCUCACAGUAUGUUCAUAACAACAAUUCUCUACAUGCUUAUCUGAGUUUGGGCACUCGUUCUCUUUCUGAAAUACCGAUGAGAAAACCUGAAUUAUUAAGCAUCAUUUCAGAAAAUAUAAAUACAAGUUCACAUAUUCUAUGACGUAGAAAAAGAUCAUCAGGUUUGGUGGUGGUGUUCUGAAUAGAGAGGCUAAUGCAUGAGACUCAAUCUCUGUGUUCCCCCCUGGAUCUCAUUAUGGAAAUCAAGGUGGAGUUGAUAUGGGGGAGGGACGCUGGAAAAAAGAGCAAAAUAAACAGCUAUUUAUAUCUUAGCCAUGUGAUUAACGGAUUAACUAAACAGGCUCCUCCCAAACUUGCAUUAGGAGCUCUAUUUAAUAUAAUAAUAGGGGAGACUGGGACUAGCUGCCACAGCUUUAGUGAAUAUUUCUCAAGGAUGUUUUAUUUUUACAAGGCAAUUUCUCUAUAGACAUACCUUACAGUCUUGGUUACAAAAAAAACAGGAAAAAAGAUUCAGUACAUUGAACAUGUUGUCGGAGUGGAAAUUAAAAUAAAAUAAAAACUAUUUUAGGCUCUUGACAACAAGCCCCAGUCUCUCCUAUUGAACAAUGAAAAGAUAAGAAUUUGUGUAGACAUUAUACCUGGUGAUGAUAUAAUGCCACAUUUUUAGUAUUCAAUAUGUAAAAUCAUCAGGAAAGGGGUCGGAGUGAGCUCUCUCAAACCAUCACCCCUCUUCAUUCCUGAGUUUCUUUGUUUUUAGAUGUUUGUUGUAAUGCUGAAAGUUCCUCAUAACUGUGUUAUGAUGUACUGUGGUGUUGUGACAAAUCAUGUAUAUUGAUUACAUCCAUCAAUUCAUUUUGUAAAACAAAACUACAAUGCACUAGAUAUCUGAAUAAUAGUGCACCCAUGGUAAUAUGUUUGUGUGCUUUCUGGAAGACCUAAUCGUUGUUAUAGAAACAACAUGCAUGCUUUCAUUUCACUAGUUCUUCCAUUGUUAUUUUAUAAAACAUGGGCACUACAAUCCAAGAAGUCACUCCAACAAGUGAACUUGUUUGAAGAUGCCUGUUGUAGAUCAGAGGAGAAGAUCCUUUCACAUGACUUGCAUCAACAUCUACCAAUUGAACAUCAUGCUACAGCUCUGAUGCACAUUGUCCACAGGCCACACGCUGUAACACAAAGUUAUAACCAAUUCACACAAUGUCAGAGACAUAUUCAUAGACAUAUGAGAGGAGAUGGACCACUUGUAAAUUAUAAA